UUACGGAUAUUCAAGUGUGAAAGAUGGCAAACAAAAAUGCUUCUUUGCACAUAUUUUUCUUCCCAUUCCUGGCUCAUGGCCAUAUCAUACCUUGCGUUGACAUGGCCAUGGUGUUUGCUGCAAGAGGCGUGAGAACCACCAUAAUCACCACCCCACUCAAUGAACAAAACAUCUCCAAAGCUAUACAAAAGACGAAAACUCAUCAAACCAAAGAGAUCAACAUCCAAACCAUCAACUUUCCUUCUACCACCGAGACUGGUUUACCUGAAGGAUGCGAACACGUUAACACCCUCCCAUCUCUAGCUUCAUUGCCAGCUUUCCAUAAGGCUACCAGGUUGCUGGAAGAGCCAUUUGAGCAACUGUUGCUUCACCACCACCCAAAUUGUGUUGUUGCAGACAUGUUUUUCCCAUGGGCAACUGAUUCUGCUGCCAAGUUUGGAAUUCCCAGGCUCGUGUUCCAUGGGAUGAGUUUCUUCUCAUUGUGUGCUUACGAAGUAAUGAGAUUGUACGAGCCUUACAAGAACACUUCUUUUGACUCAGAAUUAUUCGUUCUCCCUAAUUUUCCUGGUGAAAUCAAAAUGACAAGGUUGCAGGUGGGAAGUUUUUUUAGGAAAGAUGACGUGGAGGCGAAGAGAUUCUGGGAGGAAAUUCGUGAAUCAGAGGUGAAGAGCUAUGGGGUGGUUGUUAACAGAUUUCAUGAACUAGAGAAGGAUUAUGCAGAUCAUUAUGUGAAGAAAUUUGGGAGAAGAGCAUGGGCCAUAGGUCCGUUGUCUCUUUGCAAGGAGCAGAAAAGAUAUAGAGGAGGAAAAGAAGAUGAGCAUGAAUGCUUAAAGUGGUUGGACACGAAAGCAACUGGUUCAGUUGUUUACGUGUGCUUUGGGAGCAUGACGAAAUUUCCUGAUUCUCAGUUUCGAGAGAUUGCUUUGGGACUUGAGGCGUCAGGGAAAGAAUUCAUGUGGGUAGUGGGGAAGAGAGAAAAAAAUGAAGAAGAAUGGGUGCCCGAAGGAUUUGAAGAUAGAACGAAAGAGAAGGGAGUAAUUAUAAGAGGUUGGGCACCUCAAGCGUUGAUUCUUGAACAUGAAGCUAUUGGAGCGUUUGUGACUCAUUGUGGAUGGAAUUCAACAUUGGAAGGUGUGGUAGCUGGGGUGCCUAUGAUCACUUGGCCUGUGGGUGCUGAACAGUUUUACAAUGAGAAGUUGGUGAUUGAGGUGCUGAAGAUUGGUGUGCCUGUUGGUGCUAGAAAAUGGAGUAGCUUUAUGGGAGAUGAGGAUUGUUGCAUAAAGUGGGAUGCUGUAGAAAACGCUGUGAAAAGGGUAUUGGCAGAGGAAGAAGCAGAGGGAAUGAGAAAAAGAGCAAAACUGCUUGCUCAUAUGGCAAAACGGGCGGUGGAAGAAGGCGGCUCUUCCUACUCAAAUUUGGAUGCGUUGGUUCAGGAGCUGCUCCCCCUAUCCCUUUAACGCGCCUCAAGAACAUCCCCUUUUUCAAUUCAUAUUUGUCGCGACAAAACCAAACUGUCCGAAAUUGUGUUAUCUUUGAUGAUUAAAAGUUUCAAUC